AGUGUCAAGUCUCAAAGGGCAUUCGGUGGUAUCAGUCAGAGUCAGAGAGAAGAACCCUUCACAAUUGCACUUGUUUCAUUAAAGUUUACAAAACCAUCACAAUGUGUUGCACAGGAAAGUGUGCACGAUUAGUAGGACUUAUCCUACUACCCUCAGCCUUUUUGUGUAUGAUAGCUAAUUUACUUUUGUUCUUUCCCAAUGGAGAGCAGUUGGAGACAAGACAGAUUUCUCUUCAGGUUUGGCUCAUGGGAGGACUUCUUGGUGGAGGAUUGUUUAUGUUGUGUCCAAGCUGCUCAGCCAUCAGAGCUGGGGGCAAAGGCUGCUGUGGGGCAGGUUGCUGUGGAAACCGUUGCCGUAUGCUGAAUUCUGUGUUGUCAUCUGUAUUUGGCAUUAUUGGGUCUUUCUACUGUGCCUCCGUUGCCUCUGCAGGACUUGCUAUUGGACCGAAAUGCAAAGUUGAGAGUGGAGAUUGGGAAUAUCCUUUUGAGGAAUCAAAAGUAAACAGCAGUUAUCUGGUGGAUAAGACACUCUGGUCGCGCUGUAUUUUCCCCGAGAAUGUGGUUCUCUGGCACAUUGUGCUGUUUUCAAUAGUUUUAGGUUUGGGUCUGGUCCAGAUGAUCCUCUGUGGCAUUCAGGUUUUGAAUGGGUGCCUAGGCUGUCUCUGUGGAGACUGCCGUGACAAAAAAGAGGAAGAAGGAGGUCUCUGAGAAAAAAAUUCAACACUGGUUUUACCACAGACUGGAAUUCUUAAAAGAGGACCUUAACCCAACAGACUCCCAACCUAAAACAUGAAGUGCUUGACUACAAAGGGAUGUUGGGAUGUGUUAAGUUCACUUUAGUGUGUCAAUUAUUACAGAUUAUUAAGUACUAUUAUAGUAAUACAUUGUGUCAAAUAUCAAGCGUAAAACCUUCAUAUCAUUCAGUGGCGUAGCAAGUCCCGGGCCCAAAUGCAAAAAAAUGUACGGGCCCCCUUAAGCCAAAGCCCCCCCCAAUCUUGCCCAUUGGCACUGUUAACUAUGGCGUGCAGGUCUGUUAACAACUUAUACUUUUAAUAAGGUAAUCAAAUAUUUGUACUUCACUUUUUUACUUUAAAUGGUAGAUUUAAAUAAAGAAAAACAAAAUGUUUUGGGUAGUUUUUGACUCGUGACUAACUUCUCCGCCUUCUCUUUGAGGCUCCACUUUUAUGUUUAUAUUUGUCCAUCCUUAAUGUUCAUGUAGAUAGCCGCUAUAGUAACCUCUCACACUGUGUUUUCUUUUUUUUGGCGCGGCGAUGCGUCAUGUAAAAAAUGAUGGCGAAGUAGUCUAUGGCAGCCGCGGAGUGCAAAAAAUAAUAGAAAUUAGACAUUACGGAGAAAUAAGAAAUCACUACACAUGAUAUGCAUACAAAAAUAUAUUUAUUGCUGCCACAAAUAAAAAUUAUAUUGAACACAUUUUUUUUUAUUAAAAGCGGGGGGGGAGGCCUCCUAUUGGCCCGGGCCCAUUUGCACGUGCAUACCCUGCAUGCCCAGACGCUACGCCACCAAUAUACAGUACUGUGCAAAAGUCUUAGGCCACAUUCACCAGAUUUGUUGUUUUAGCACCAUAUUUAUUUUUCACUUUUAUUAAGAUACAAACAGAAAAUACAGGAAAUAUGUGCACAAAAUUAAAAACAAAGCAAUUUUCAGAACUAAAUGUCUUCUUCAGGCAUCCGUCAGUAUUUAGUGUGACCUCUAUUGGCACUAAACACAUCUUGAGCUUUAUUUGCGGAGACCUGGAGUCAUUCGAUUGGAAUUGGAAAUUAGGAUUUAACUUUAUUUAGGUUUAAGAGAUCCUACUGCUAUUGCUCAAGUGGAAGGGGAGUUUACCAUAAAUACUUGACACUUCACUUCAGCUUUUAUACUGUUUUUAAUACUACAUACACAUUUCGUGUAUUUUUUGGUUGUAUUCUAAUAAAGAGACUGAGAAAUAAUUAUAUAUGAUCACUAUAACAUUGCCAAAACAACAAAUCUAAUGUCAGCAUGGUGGCCUAAGACUUUUUUCAGAUGCAAAACCUUUUAAGUGCGACAUGUUUUUUUUGUAAAUGAGCAUUUCUUAUCAGACUCUUAUUGGAUUCUGCCACCAAACCAGGAUUCCUGGAUGACUUAAGGCCAGGAUUAAGCGUAUUUUAUGUAUUUAAACAUAUUUUGAAAGCAUUCAGUUUAUAUUAAUUCUCAUAUAUGUUUCUCAAUCAAUGCCAUGUUAUGUGAACAUAAACUGUGAACAUGUGUUUUUGCUAACUUAAAUCAUUUAUUUUAGUUUUCUGGCAAAGUUUAUAAUUUGGUAAAAGUCAUUCCUAACUUAAAGGAUAAUUCCGGUAUUUAACACUUUGAGUCUCAUUUCUAGUUUGUUUUGGAUUAACUACAGUGAUGGACACAGAAAUUUUGACAAUGGGUCGUGUCUUGAGUUUUUGACUUGUUUAGAAGCGUCUCUUGACUGCUUUAGAAUGGAAGUCAAUGGCCAUGCACAAACAUGUCAUUAAAACAACACUUAACGUUCAUUUUCAAAACUGUGCUACUCACCGAGUGGUGCGUGGUGUUCGUUGAUGAUUAAAAACAAGUUGUGUAGCGAAAUACAGUUUCUGUCGUGUUUUAUUUUUGCAUUUUGUAAAAUUCCAUUGAGUUUUCUUGGAAGACUCAGUGCUCGCUGAUAUAUCACUCCGCCACUGGGAAACAGAAAAUGGUCUGUUUAUAUGUGGUUGUUUUUUCGCUCGGUUUCUCUCAGAAUACAUUUUUCCCAUGUUUGUAGGGCUGGACCAGAAUAUUUAAAUAUUCGUUACGUGGGUUGA